UUUAUUAUGGGGGAAAUUACAAGACUAACCAACAUGAAUUACGAACGUCAUCAAUUCUAACCUCUAUUUUGUUCCGAGUGUAAGCAAAUUUAAAUUAAAAAGAAUACAUCAGUUCGACGCUAUGACGGAAGUAAAAUUCAACGCGCGGGCGUUUAGCAAAAUCAUAUUACACGCCGUAAAGUAUCCCCACUGCGCCGUAAACGGUGUGCUGCUCGCAAAGGGGCACGCAGUGUCCAACAAGGAAAUCGAAUUCGUGGACGCGGUUCCGCUAUUCCACAUGUCGAUUAACUUAACCCCUAUGGCGGAAAUCGCGCUGAUGCAGAUCGACGAAUUCGCGUCGACCAGAGGCCUCGUAAUAGCCGGUUAUUACGCCGCCAACGAAAAUUACAAAGACAAUUCGUUCGAUAAAGCGUAUCACAGGAUAGCGGACAAAAUAGCGGCGAAUUUUACGCCGUCGUUCCUCGUUGUCAUAAACAACAUGAAAUUAUCGAACGAACCAGACGCAAGCGUUCUGAGGGUAGCUCAGAUGGCGGAUGGAAAUUUGAAGGUCUGCGAUGAACAGAAUAUCCGUUUGAGCCCCGUGGAGCAGACCCAGCAAAUCAUUUCGAAUCUGCUGCAGCAGAACGCUUACAACGAUUUAGUCGACUUUGACAACCACCUGGACGACAUAAGUCUCGACUGGAUGAACGUCAAGCUUAAUAAAGAAAUAGGUUUCGUUUAAACUGACUUGCACAUAUGUUAAGCCAAAGUUGUAUCAGUCUCCUGUUGCAUAUUUAUUUUGGAUUUUGUAUAAAAAAUAAUAUACCACUGAAGGCAAA